CUGAAUUGGAUGCUGGAGGGGGGAAACGAGCUGAGGUACCUGCUGUAGCGUAGAGGCUGCAUUGAGAAGGGACGCUCCGGAGGAUUGGAGAGCUGCUAGUUUAUGCCGGGCAGCAGGCAAUUUAACAUUGGGCGCACUCGCUCACCUGACGGGGGAAAGCCAAGGAAUACAGUCCAGUGUUGGACGAAUAGACUGCAGAGUGGUUGUUAUAAAGGAAUAUUCUAUGUUCACUGUGACCAUGGAUUUCGCGUAGAUCUAGCGCAAUUUCUUCAUAUCACUCCUUGAGCGAUUUUUCUAUUUGAAUUCUACACGACACUGAGGGGAAUACAUCUGUAUUCAAAUAAGAUUUUUUUUUUAACAACGGGAGCGCAUCGACACAGCAGCAGGGCUGGAUCAGAUGAAUACAGGUGUGAAAAACAUUGGCCACAAUGACGAUAUCCAGAGGAUCAGAGGCGGUCAGUUUUGGUCAGUUUGAGAGGCGUGGGACGGGGAAACAGGCGGUGCUGUUGCUGCUCUACGUGGGCCUGGAGGUGAUUGGCUUGCUCUCCUCUGUUGCCCUGGGCAACCAGGAGGGGACACUGGAGCUGAGGCUGGACGAGGAGCAGCCGGCGGGGACGAUUGUGGGCGACAUCAGCGCAGGCCUGCCGCCGGGCAUCACGGCGUCGCUCUACUUCAUCUCUGACCACGACGACAAGGGCGUGGGCAACGACCUGCUCAUCGACGAGACCACGGGCAUCAUCAAGACGGCGCGGCGGCUCGACCGCGAGGAGCGCGACCAGUACAGCUUCACAGCGGUCACCAUGACGGGCGUCACCGUGCAGGUGUCCAUCACGGUCAACGACAUCAACGAUCACUCGCCCGCGUUCCCCAGGGCCAAGGCCUCGCUGAAGAUCCCAGAGCACACAGCGGUGGGGACCCGCUUCUCUCUUGACCCAGCAAGCGACGCAGACAAAGACCAACUGACCACCCAGGGCUACGUGAUCAAAGACGGCAACGUGGGCCAGGUGUUCCGCCUGGAAACCAAGAGAGCCGCCAACAUGGUCCUCUACCUGGACCUGGUGGUCAACGGCGUCCUGGACAGGGAGAAACGUUCGUCGUACUCUCUCCUCCUCGAGGCGUUCGACGGAGGCAAUCCAAAGAGGACGGGUCAGAUGACGCUGGACGUGCUGGUGCAGGACGUCAACGAUCACGCGCCCGUGUUCAACCAAAGCCGCUACCACGCCAUCAUCUCUGAGAGCCUCCCGCAAGGCAGCAACAUCCUGCAGGUCUUCGCCUCGGACGCCGACGAGGGCGACAACGGGCUCGUGCUCUACGAAAUCAACCGCCGCCAGAGCGACCCGGACCGCUACUUCGUCAUCGACCCUCGCUCCGGGGUCAUCACCCUCAACAAGCCGCUGGACUACGAGGUGCGCAAGGUGCACGAGCUGGUGGUGCAGGCCCGGGACAACGCCAGCCACCCCGAGAUCACCAACGCCUUCGUCACCAUCCACGUUCGCGACUACAACGACAACCAGCCCACCAUGACCAUCAUCUUCCUCAGUGAGGACGGCUCCCCCCGCAUUUCGGAAGGCGCCCAGCCGGGCCAGUAUGUCGCCCGAAUCUCCGUCUCUGACCCCGACUACGGAGAGUACUCCAACGUCAACGUCUCCCUGGAGGGUGGGGACGGCAAGUUCGCCCUCACGACAAAGGACAGUAUUAUUUACCUAAUCUACGUGGACCAAGUGCUGGACCGCGAGGAGAGGGACUCUUACGAGCUCCGAGUUCUGGCCACUGAUGCAGGUACCCCUCCACUGCGGGCCGAGUCGUCCUUCACCAUCCAAGUGAUGGACAUCAACGACAACCCGCCACUCUUUGACCAGCAGGCCUACAAGCAGACCAUACCGGAGGUGGUCUACCCGGGCAGCUUCGUCCUGCAGGUGACCGCCCGUGACAAGGACACGGGCCCCAACGGCGAGGUGCGCUACAGCCUCCUGCCCGACGCUGGCGCCCGCUCCAACUGGUUCACCAUCGACCCGGUGACGGGCAUCAUCACCACGGCACUCCAGCUGGAUUACGAGAGUGACCCCAGGCCCCGGGUGACGGUGGUGGCCACAGACAGCGGCCGACCGCCCCUCUCCUCCACGGCCGUGGUCGAGAUCAACUUGCAGGAUAUAAACGACAACGCGCCGGUGUUCAGCAGCGCCCACUACAACGUGUCCAUCAAGGAGAACACCGCAUCUGGGACCUGCUUCCUCGAGGUCACGGCGACGGACGGAGACAGAGGGUCGUUCGGCACCAUCACGUACUCAAUCGGGUCGGGAGUGGGCAGCGUCGUGCCCAGCCAGUUCACCAUCCACAAGGAGACGGGCCAGAUCUGCACCAGCGAGGGCCUGGACAGGGACGAGGGAGCGGACAGCUAUGACUUCACCGUCACCGCAGUGGAUGGGGGUGGUCUGAGUUCAGUAGCCCAUGUGAGAGUGGCGUUGGAGGACAUCAAUGACAACAGGCCCACCUUCUACCCCGUGCAAUAUGCUGUCAGCUUGAGCACCCAGAGUGCACCAGGCACCUCAGUUGUCAAGGUGACAGCCAACGACCCAGACGCUGGAGAGCACGGGAGGGUGACCUAUCGCACUGUACCAGGAGGAGGUGGCGGCUCAGGAUUCUUCACACUCAACAAAGACACAGGUGUGAUCUCUCUAUCACGCUCUCUCCACGGCAAAGCCAACUCUGUCAUCACCAUGGUCAUCUCUGCCAAGGACGGAGGUGGCCUCACCGCACCCGUCAACGCCAGAGUCAACAUCAGCGUAGUGGAGGGCUCAGUGGCGCCCCCUGUGUUCGAGCAGGGCCAGUACUUCUUUACGGUAUCGGAGGACGUUCUCCGUGGAACUGAAGUCGGCGUGGUUCGAGCCAGCAGCAGGACCGGUGUGUCUAAAGAUAUCUUCUACACCAUCUCUGCCGGUGACCCCGAUGGGUACUUUACGGUGGACUCGGAGACAGGUGCCCUCAGGACCAGCCUCCCUCUGGACCACGAGGCCUGCUCCUCGCUCAUCCUGGAGGUGCAGGCGCGCACCGGCUCCCCGCCGGCCUUCGGCCACGCCCGCGUGCGCGUCACCAUCGCCGACAUCAACGACAACGCGCCUGCCUUCCUGCCCUCCUCAUCCGAGUCGCUCCUCCUCCCCGAGGCCACCAAGAUGGGCGCCGUGGUGUACCGCGUCCAGGCCGAGGACCGCGACUCGGGCCCCAACGGCCAGUUGAGCUUCGACCUGGUGUCGGCCGGCGGCGGCAACGGCGGCCAGCGAGCGUUCGGCGUGGAGCGGAGCAGCGGCGAGGUGCGGCUCAUCGGCACGCUGUCGUACGAGAGCGUGCCGCGCUACGACCUGCUGGUGGUGGCCAAGGACAGCGGCGCGCCGCAGCUCAGCGCCACCUUCACGCUGGUGGUGCACGUCCAGGCGGAGAAUGACCAGGGCCCCGUGUUCGACACGCUCACCUACCGCGUGGAGCUCAAGGAGGGCACGGCGCUCAACAGCCGCUUCCUCCAGGUGCGCGCCCGACACAGGGAAGGUGGCAGCAACGGAGCCGCGGCCUCGGGAGGGUCAGUGGCAUCGGCCCCGCUGUCCUAUCACCUGCGGCCAGAUGGCGACGCGGCCGGCUUUGGCAUCCUGCCCGACAGCGGUUGGCUGUUCGUGAAGAGUGCGCUGGACCGGGAGGCGAAGGACAUCUACCUGCUCACCGUGCUGGCCACGUCCGGCAGCGGGCACCUGAAGAAGACGGGCAGCGCCACCGUCCGGGUGUCUGUCACCGACGAGAACGAUAACUCCCCCAGGCUCUCCCAGGAGCGCGUCUUCCUGGCCGUGCGAGAGAACCUUCCGGAAGGGACGGGCUUCGGGAGAGUCGCCGCCACAGACCGAGACGCUGGCCUCAACAGCCGCCUGACCUACCGCCUCCUCCACAGCGACAGACAUUUCCAGAUCAACUCCCAGACAGGAGAGAUCAGUACUCGCACAGAACUGGACCGAGAGCAUCAGUCCAGUUACCAGGUGGUGGUGGUCGUGCAGGACGGUGGCACUCCACCACGCAGCGCUACAGGCACAGCACAUAUCACAGUUCUGGACGACAACGAUAACGCCCCGGCCUUUACCCAUACACAGCCUGGCAAAGAGACACUUAUUCAGGUUCUGGAAGGUCUGCCACCUGGAACUCUACUUGGAACCAUUCAAGCCAAGGACCCGGAUGAGGGGGAGAACGGCACCAUAUUCUAUUCCCUCUCAGGUGCGAGAGCUGAGCGUUUCUCUCUGAACCCAAACACGGGGGAGCUGCGUUCGGCCUCCCCUCUGAGGCGACAAGAAAAAGCCGAGUACACACUCACCGUGUCGGCCUCUGACCGCGGAGCUCCCCCGCAGAGCUCCAGCAGCACGCUACGCAUACAGGUUCAGAGUUCUGUCAGAGCUUCUCCCAAGCCCAACACUUUAUCUAUGACAAUAAACUCUGUUGAGGGUGCCAAACCUGGCUCUGUGAUUGGCUCGGUGAGAUCACAUGACCAUCGGGACGUUCCGCUUGAGGGGCAGGUGACCUACCUGGUGGUGGGGGGCACUGACGAGGACGGCACGUUCAUGGUGGACCGGCUCACGGGGGACGUGUACCUGGCGCGCGAGCUGGACUACGAGAAGGGCGCCCACUACACACUCGAGAUAGAGGUGGACGACUUCUCCAAGGCCUACCCCAGCACCCACAUGGUGCAUCUCGACAUCAACGUGCAGGACAGCAACGACCACGCGCCCCACUUCCCCGAAGACCCGGUCACCAUCGUCAUCCCUGAGAACACGCCGGCCGGCUCGUCCAUCUACACCUUCCAGGCCACCGAUGCCGAUGGCAGUGGCCCUAACAGCGAGGUGCGCUACUCCGUCCACCAGCGCUGGCCUGACAACCCUGACCUCCUGACCCUUGACCCCACCACCGGGGUGCUCACCCUGGGCCAGGAGCUGGACCACGAGGCCACCUCGUCUCUCUUCCUGGUGGUCCGGGCCACCGACUCCUGCCAGGACCCGAGCCAGAGGCGCUGGGGGUCAGUGACGGCGCGCAUUUACGUGACGGACGAGAACGACAACGCGCCCGUCUUCAGCUCGCCCGCCGCCGUCAGCGUCAUGGAGGACCAGCCGGUGGGCUUCGUUGUGCUCUACGUCAUGGCCCGCGACGCUGACCAGGGCGAGAACGGACGCGUGUCUUACCGCAUCCAGACGGGCAACACCGCCGGCAGAUUUAGCCUCAACCCAAACACCGGUUCUCUCUCUAUCCUCAAAGCCCUAGACCGGGAAGAGCAGGAAACCUUCAACCUGACCAUCGUCGCCGAGGACCACGGAAUGCCCCAGCACUCCACCACGCAGGUGCUGUCUGUCCAGGUGAUUGACGUGAAUGACGAGGCUCCGCUGUUCGAGAAGAGCCAGUUCGAGGCCCAGAUCCAGGAGAACCAGGAACCCGGAAGCACUGUCCUCAUUGUCUCGGCCACGGAUCGUGACCAAGGAACAAAUGGACAUGUCACUUAUGGGGGAGUGUCUGAAGAAGGGUUCACCAUCAACCCAGAGACGGGCGUCAUCACGGUCACCGAAGCCCUGGACAGGGAGAAACAGGACCACUACACUCUAACAGUCUAUGCCAAGGACGGCGGUAUGCCGCCAAACUUCGCCAAAGCCACGGUGCUCAUCUCGGUGCUGGACGAGAAUGACAACGCGCCAGUGUUCGGCCGGCCCCAGCACAGCCUGGAGGUUCCCGAGAACCAGGCGCCCGUGGAGCUGUGUGUCCUUCGAGCCACGGACCUGGACACAGGAGAGGGCGGAGUGCUGGAGUACCGGAUCAUAGCUGGCGAUCCUGAUGGAGACUUCCAGCUGGACAGGGUGUCCGGAGCGCUGUCCACGUCCCGAGGCUUAGACCGCGAGAGCCGGGCCAGCUACACUCUGGAGGUGGCGGCCCAGGACCGUGGCACGCCCCCCCUCAGCAGCGUGACCCAGGUGCAGAUCUCCGUGCUGGACGUCAACGACAACAGCCCGGCGUUCCCGAGCGCUAGCCACGCGGUCGACAUCUCCGAGGACGCGGCCGAGGGCUCCCUGGUGCUGGAGGUGUUCGCCUCGGAUGCGGACGACGGGGACAACGGGAAGAUCAUGUACUUCCUGAGUCAGGAGGCCGGCGGGGCGUUCGCCAUUGACCCGGACACGGGCCGCGUUACCACGGCGGCGCCGCUGGACCGCGAGCGGCGGAGCUCCUACAGCUUCCAGGUGGUCGCCGUCGACUGCUCCCCGGCCUCGCCGCGCAACGCCACCACCCAGGUGACCGUCACCGUGCUGGACGUCAACGACAACGCACCGUUCUUCAUCCAGGACCCCCUCGUCCUUAACGUGUCCAGCAGGACCGUGGCCGUGCAUCAGGUGGUGGCCACCAUGCGCGCCGAGGACAAGGACUUCGGCGCCAACGGUUCCGUUUUCUACCGCUUCGCGAGUCCAGUGAGGGGCUUCACCAUCAACUCACUGACCGGGGAGAUCCGGGCCACGGAGGCUCUCAACGGCCUCUCACAGGCCCAUCGCACCCUCAUCGUGGAGGCCAUGGACCAGGGCAGCCCGUCCCAGUCCUCCCUGGGGGUGGUCAUCAUCUAUGUGAAGGAGCAGGACUACAGCGGUGUCCGUUUCUCCCGCACGGCCAGAGAUGUGAGCCUGCUAGAGAAUGCAGCCAAAGGCACGCAGGUGGCACAGGCCCAGGCCCAGUUCCCAGACGGCUCCCGCAAAGGCAUCAGCUACAGCAUCUUCAGCGGAAACAGACUGCAGUCUUUCAGCAUCAGCGCAAACACUGGUGAGAUCUGGGUUCAGAGCUCCAGUGGUUUGGACUUUGAGGACACCCCAAGACUCCGCCUAGUGGUGAAGGCUGAGACUGCAUCCUCCAGCUCUUUCAUGGCCCUCAACCUCAUUCUGCAGGACGUCAAUGACAACCUCCCGCGCUUCCAGCUGCAGAACUACGUGGCCUACAUGCGCGAGGCACAGGGCUACGAUGCCCCCAUCAUCCAGGUCUUGGCCGAGGAUGUGGACCAGGGGCAGAACGGUCAGGUGACCUACUCUAUCCAGUCUUCCAGCAUGAGUGGCCUCUUCAAGAUCGACCCUGUGACGGGCAGCAUAACCACAGCGGCCAUCAUGGAUCGCGAGAUCUGGACCCAGACCAAGCUUGUUGUUACGGCGACGGACCGGGGCAGCCCAAGAUUGACCAGCACUGCUGUCCUGACUGUGAUCAUCGUUGACCUCAAUGACAACAGCCCCACCAUCCCCCUGCCUCUGGAAGUGCGCGUGCCAGAGAACUCCCUGAUCGGCACGGAGAUAACCAUGGUGACGGGGAACGACGUUGACUCGAGCCCCGCCCUGUCCUACUCCCUCCAGCUGGACGCGCCGUCACAAGGGAAGUUCGGAAUCCACCGCUUCAACGGCAGAGUGUCCCUGACGGCUCCGCUCGACUUCGAGGAGAAGACGUGGUACACUCUGACCAUCCAGGCCUCGGACUCUAAGCACAAGAGUGAAGCCAACCUCACCAUCCUGGUGGAGGAUGUGAAUGAUAAUGUCCCCACGUUCAGCCAGGAUCUCUACCAGGUAACCCUGCCAGAGCAUUCUCCACCUGGAAGUCCUAUCGUCACCGUGACGGCCACUGACCGAGACUCAGGCGAGAACGGAAAGGUCACCUACCGAGUGAUGUCAUCUACAAGAGAUGGCUUUUAUAUCAACCCUAAUAAUGGCACCCUCUUCAUCAAUGAAAAAGCAGAGUUUGACCCCGAGCGCCCCUCUGUGAAUGUCGUCAUUGAGGCUCGAGAUGGAGGGACCCCAUCCCUGUCCUCCAUCACCACCGUGCAGGUCCAGCUGACCGACGUCAACGACAACGCCCCCAUGUUCCACCAGUCGGAGUACCGGGCCACUGUGUCCGAGGACCAGCUCCCUGGAGCCACCAUCUUAACGCUGGAGGCCGUGGAUGGAGACCUGUCACAGGAGAAUUCCGGCUUCGACUUUGCCAUCGCCAGCGGCAACUCUGGGAACGCCUUUCAGAUCGAGAGCAGCGUACGCUUCAUCGAGGGGCACGGCUUCCAGACGGUGGGCACGCUGAUACUCGCCGAGCCACUCGACUUUGAGACCACGUCGCGCUACAACCUGACCAUCGUCGUGUCGGACCGCGGAGUGCCCCAGCGCAGCUCCAGCGUCCCCGCCGUCAUCACCGUCAGCGACGUCAACGACAACCCACCCGUGUUCAGCCGCGCCGAGUACGCGGUGGCGCUGAGUGAGGGCGCAGGGUCAGGCACGGAGGUUCUCCGUCUGACCGCCACCGACCCAGACUCGGCUCCGAACGCCGAGAUCCAGUACAGCAUCAGUUCGGGCGACGAGAUGGAGCUGUUCUUCAUCGACCAGUGGACGGGAGCGCUGCGUCUGCAGCGGUCACUGGACCGCGAGAGCCGGUCCUCACACGUGGUUAUUGUCCAGGCGUCAGACGGCCACGGCCAUUUUGCCCUAGCACCAGUCACCCUGGAAGUGAAGGACGUCAACGACAACCGGCCGUAUUUUCCUAUCGAGACCAUGACCGCAAACAUCCGGGAGAACCAGCCACCGAAUUCACCCGUCACUGUGCUCCAUGCCAUCGACUACGACACCGGAAUCUAUGGGCAGCUGAAGUACUUCAUGGUGGAUCGUUCCGGCUUGGGAAGGGACUCCUUCCUGAUUGACCAGACCACUGGUGAAGUGAGCACUCGCACAACCUUUGACUUUGAGAAGAUCAACUCCUUUAGUUUCGUAGCAGUGGCAGUAGAUGCCGGCAAUAACUCGGCCACGGUCACUAUACAGGUGUACGUCACAGGCGUGGACGAGUACGAUCCAAUGUUCACGACCACCGACUUCUCCUUUGUCAUCCCAGAGGGAGCCAAGAAGGGCCAGAGCAUUGGUCAAGUCCAGGCCAUGGAUGAAGACGGAGGGGUGGACGGCAUAGUGCUCUACUCCUUCCCUAAUCCCUCGCCGUACUUCGAUGUAAAUAAGACCUCAGGGGUGGUCUUCCUCAAGAUGGACAGUUCGAGUGGGUCUGGCCGCUCAAAGAGGGAGACUCGUUUGAUGACGGUAGAUAUAACAGCGCAUGGCCCCCUGGAUACUUCUCGAGUGACCACAGCUCAGCUGUCCAUCGAUGUGACAAACACCAACUUUGGCCUGGCGCCAGAUCUUAACAUCCUUCUGAUAUGCAUCAUCGCUGCCUCCCUUGGUGUUGUGGUCAUUCUGGUCAUCAUUGCCAUUGCCCUGUACGUUGUGAAGUCCAAACGCAGGAAGAAAGGCCAGGACACUGGCAACACCACCUCAGGCACGGCCAUGCAAAAGCUGGAUGACUCCAAGUCUGCAGGAGGGGAGAGGAUCUAUCACCAAACCCUUCCCGGUUAUGGAGGUGACCAGGGUGGGGCAGGUGGAGCCACCUACCCCCGCGGGGGUUCCCUGGACCCCUCCCACUCCAGUGGAAGAGGCUCAGCGGAGGCCGCCGAGGACGACGAGAUCCGGAUGAUCAACGAGUACCCGCGCGUGGCCAGCAUCACGUCCUCCAUGCAGGAGCACAUCUCCGCCCGAGGGCCCGACUCGGGCAUCCAGCAGGACGCGGACCAGCUGUCCGACAUCUCCUGUGAGCCGGGAGCCCUGGACGCCAGCCAGUGGUUCAAAGGGAAGAAACUGGGCAGUCUCAGUGGGACCCUACUCUCGGGUCAGCUGCCCGUCUACAGGGAUGAGGGUGGUGGAUACCUGGGUGUGGGCAGGGGGUUGAAUGUCUCCCAUCCGAAGGACUACACCUUCCCCGAGGAUGGGAAGCCGCCAGUGGACGGCUCUCUGACCGCCAUCGUGGCCAGUGACGAGGAGUUACGGGGCAGCUACAACUGGGACUAUUUGCUCAACUGGUGCCCGCAGUUCCAGCCGCUGGCUAACGUCUUCACAGAGAUCGCCCGGCUCAAGGACGAGAGCAUACCGCCCAAUAACCCUCGCAGACCCUUCCAGCCCAAGGCCAAGACUGACCCCAAGCCCCGGAUAGACCCACCGCCUCUCAUCACGUCCGUCGCUCACCCCGGCGCCAAGUCGGUGCCGCCCAAGCCGGUGGCCAUCGGCCGGACGUUCCCGCACCUGACGUCGCUACGGCGCUCGCCUAUCAGCCACGAGGGCUCCAUCUCCUCGGCCGCCAUGUCGCCCAGCUUCUCGCCGUCGCUGUCGCCACUGGCUGCCCGCUCGCCGGCCGUGUCCCCGUUCGGGGUCACUCAGGGCCCCUCGGCCUCCAUGAUCAGCACCACGGACCACAGCGACGACUCCGAGAUGAGGAUCUGACCAACUCGCUCGGCUUCCGCCGCCGUUGCCACCACCGCUGCUGCUGCCAAAGACUUUCCCUGUAAAGAACGGCACAUAAGAGCAAACCUUUCGCUCCCUAACGAGUCAUUGGGAGCACUCGCGGAGGACACCACAGGAAGUGUCUGACGUGGACCAUAGAGAUUGGAUGAAGAGAUUACAGAGAGGGGACAAUAGGGGGGCCGUCUCAUCCCCCUUUGUCGGCCCACAUUGUGACGUAGGUCUCUGAUAACUCGAGGGUUAUGAAGAGUUGAUACUGUUGCUGCUGUUCAAUGACGAUACCCUUUUAUCAGACCAGCCUUAGUUUUGAUGUCGGAAGAUGUAUGUGCCCUUUUUGCAUCGCCUCGCUGGCUGGCCAGGGAGAUAAGCGUGUAGUGCUCUUUUGUCAGACUGUUAUUAGAUUUGGGACUGAAAUCCAAGGUCAGCCAAACCCUUUCUUCAUGAACACUUUGUAGACUUGUACUGUUUAUGUACAUUUUGAAAGGGGAACAGACUUUUUUCGUAUUUUGAUGCUCAUGAACAUGUCUAAUACUUUCAGUCUAUCUCAUUUAUUUUUUUAUGUUGUAUGGUGUUAAUUUACGGUGCCAUAGCCUCCAAUGAAGAAGUGUUUUUCAUUACAAUCUAUUUACGUAUAUGUAUAUUUGUAUGUAUGCUAGCAGCCAUAGUAUGUAUGAUGUAUUAUUGUAUAGUUUCUAGGAUACCCGUAUGGUGUGUUUGUGAAUCUUUGACAUCUGUGAUGUGAAUGAGUGAAAACUGUGCUUUGAUAAUUAUUUAUACUGAAGAGAGGGAAUGUUGGGAAAUUUAGGCAACCAGAGUUCUGUAUUAUAUCCAAAAAAUGUCUUUUUAACUGUUUUUUUUUUUUAAAUAUACAUCUUAGCAAGCAUUUUUGUAGAAAAGCUUGGACAUGUAGCCUUCUAGUAAAACUCACCGAAUUUUGUGUGACAUUAACUUGUUGCCAAUGAUUACCCCCCGCCUCACUGUAAUGUGACUGAUUGUUGUUGUUCUUUCAGACCAGAACAAAUUGAUUGGUAUUGCAAAUGUAUUUUCUCUUUUCGUAUCGUAGCAGGGGCCUAGCUCUCCAAUCACUCUUGUGUCCUUCAGUGAAAUGCUUUGUGAACAAAAGGCCAGUGACAUAUUGCAAUGUGAUGCCAAGGCAUUGUUAAGUGGUAUGGCAUACAUGUGCUUGUGUCCUGUUUGAUUUGAGGCGAACCAUCAUUGAUGUCUUGGUGGUUUUUUAAUGGUUGUCCAAGCGCAAUCAUACAUGCAUGUUUGUUAGGGGUUUCUCUCCAGACAUCUGCAAGUGACACGAGUGUUGAAAGUCGCAGUGUUCUGAUGUUGUUUCGCUGCAUUUGCUUGCACUGUUCUGAGCCAGCGGAUGGAGACGACUACACCAAUCAAAUGUCCUGGAGUUCCCAGAGGAUUGUUUGGCUACCUCUGGUGCAUGCACAACACACAACACCACCACUGCCUCAAGGCAAACUGGUUCCCAUUGGGUAAAAAAAGUUAAGAUGCAAUGACAGACAUUUGGACAGCAAAUUAGCAACAACAAAAAAGAAUCAUUUUGACUUGAAGGAUAGGACUGCAUUGGACUCCAUUUUGAGGCUUAAUCAAGACCGCUCUCCAGAUACUUGGCAGCAGAAUGAUGGUAGAAAUAAUCUGUACAUAUAUUUAAAGGAAAUAAUAAAUUUCUACUGAUUUCUUUUGUCAAA